CUCUGCCUGGCUGCCAGCAUGUCUGGGGCGGAGGUGCUGGACACCCAGGGACCUGCAGGCGCUGCGGAAUGCACGGGGGACGUCCCCUCUCUUAAAGAAAUCGAGCAGCUCCUGAACACCGGACGGCCCUCUUGCAACCACGUUGAUGAAGUAUGGCCUAAUCUCUUUCUAGGAGACCUAGUAACAGCUCACAACAGAUUUGUUUUGUGGAAGAUGGGUGUGACCCAUGUUUUAAAUGCUGCCCAUGGUACAGCCUACAGCCACGGAGGCCAGGACUAUUAUGGAGCGACCAUUCAUUAUUAUGGUGUCCCAGCCCAUGACCUGCCAAGCUUUGAUAUAAGCCAGUUCUUUUUCUCUGCAGCACAAUUUAUCCACAAAGCCUUGAACACACCAGGAGCUAAAAUAUUGGUACAUUGUGCAGUUGGAGUGAGCAGGUCCGCUUCUCUGGUCCUGGCAUAUCUCAUGAUAAAUCACCACCUCCCAUUAGUUGAAGCCAUCAAAACAGUGAAGGAGCAUCGAUGGAUUUCACCCAAUCGUGGCUUUCUGAAACACCUGCGAAAUCUGGAUGUUCAGCUACGGCAAAAGAAAGACUGCUGA